AUGCAGCUCCAUGGCGUCCCGUUGGAGAUUAUGUCGGAGUGGGACACACGAUUCACGUCGAUCUUCUGGGCUCGCAUCCAAGAGGCCAUGGGAGUGAAGUUGAAGUUUAGUACCGCCUUCCACCCACAGACAGAUGGGCAAACUGAGCGGGUGAACCAGAUAUUGGAAGACAUGUUGCGAGCUUGCGUACUUGACUUUCAGGAGAGUUGGGAUGACUGUCUCCAGUUUUUUUUUUUUUUCCUCAAAUGGCCAACUUCGACUCCAUUUCUGCUGCUGUGUAAAGAGGGGAGAAGAAGAAGCUCUCUCCUGCCCGCUCCAUCCUCUCCACUAAUGGCGUCCGUUAUAACGGUCGGAGGCAAAGGCUCCUCUCUCUCCUCAUCCUCCGUCUAUUCAGUCGCGACGUCCGUGUCGCGUAUAAAGAUCGAUUCCUCCAUUCUCGAAAAGCUCUCUCAAUCUCAUUCCAAGAAAUCCAACUCCAAAUCCCUCUCUUCCCUUCCUCCUCCUUCUCCAUCCAAUCCCAAAACUCUAACCCUAGAAGAAUCUCGAGCCGCUCUCGUCGUACUCUUAAACAAGCUCCUCCUUACCGAUCCCGCCGUCCACCCCGUCCUCCCCGCCCUAAUCGAAGAGACUCUAAACCGCAGCUUCCUUCCAGAAUCUCUAGAUUUCAGUUCCGGUUCGGAACUUCUCAGCUCAAUCUUGAAGCUGAACGGUAAGAAUGUGGAGGAGGUCGGAGCGGUUGUUGAAGAAAUCGGGGUCAUUGAUGAAUCUUUUGCGGUUUUGAUAGGAAUCUAUGCGCUUUUGGAUUCUAAUUUGUCAGCGCUGGUAACUGUUGCGGAUGCGGUCGCUGCGUUGUCAUGCGAGGCGGCCCAUGCCGAUGUCACAGUGUUCGAUUUGCCAGUCUCUGGUGAGGGGUUUUCAGUUAAGGAUGAAACGGAUGUUGCGAGCGACAUGAAGGAUUUGUUGUUUGGUUCGAAGUAUGUUGGGAAGGUUGAUUCGGAUGCAGUCUCAGAGAUUCCAAUGGUUCACGGGAGUUUUAGGGGAGCAGCAAAGUCGGUGCAUGCACGGGUUCGGGUUGAGUUGAAUUCAGCAGUAAGGAGGAAAACAGUUUGCGGGGGGAGUGGGAAAGGGAAGGCAUUGGUGGCAGCUGUGUUGCCUCUGGCGAUGUCGAUUCGAUCCUUGGGUGAAUGUAGUGUGAGCCGUGCAAAAUUGGGUAUCAGAUCGAUUGAGGAUGUUGAUUUACAGACGUGUGUGGUCGAGGUGUUUGAGAAGAGUUGCCCAGGGGUUGAGGUUUUGAGAGAUGGCUUUCGGUCAGUUUCAGAGAAAGCUGCUUUGGAGCUGGAUUUUGUUGACAUUUUGCAUGAAGUAUAUGAGUUGUUGAUUAGAUUGAGAGAGAUUCUUGCUUGGGAAGCAGCACUGGCGCUUUUUGUACUUGAUUUGAAUGAACCGAAUGAAAAAGGCCAAGUUGAUGCAUUGUUAAAUGGGGGAAAUGCAAAUGCGGCAAGGAAGAAUGAGAAGAGGAAGAAGAAAGUUUUAGGAAAGGGAACUACCGUUGUAAGGCAAUUAAUUAAAGAGAAGUUCCAUAGUAAUGCCGGGACGUCAGUUGACAGUUCAAAGGUCCUGGUUGAGUGGGCGGAAGAGCUUUCUUUAUUUUUUAAUCCAAAGGAUCCGGAACUUGAUGCUCUUCUGAAGAAGGUGAAAGAGAUCGUGGAAAGCAAUGAAGUCAGAAGACUUCCAAAAAUUCCUAAGGGCACUCGGGAUUUUGGGAAAGAACAAAUGGCAGUAAGAGAGAGAGCAUUUUCAAUCAUUGUAGAAGUAUUUAAGAGGCAUGGAGCUGUGGCCCUAGACACUCCUGUUUUUGAAUUACGGGAGACUCUUAUGGGAAAAUAUGGGGAAGAUUCAAAGUUAAUAUAUGACCUUGCUGACCAGGGCGGCGAGAUUUGUUCUCUGCGGUAUGACCUAACUGUUCCAUUUGCCCGAUACUUAGCCAUGUAUAAUAUCAAUGCGUUGAAACGGUACCAAAUAGCUAAAGUAUACAGAAGGGAUAACCCAUCCAAGGGGAGGUACCGUGAAUUCUAUCAAUGUGACUUUGAUAUUGCUGGCCAAUAUGAUGUGAUGGAACCUGAUUUUGAAGUGGUUAAAGUUUUGACUGAACUGCUGGAUGAAUUAAGCAUAGGUGAUUACGAGAUAAAGUUAAAUCACCGUAAGUUGCUAGAUGGAAUGCUGGAGAUUUGCGGAGUAUCUUCUGAAAAAUUUAGAACAGUAUGUUCAAGUAUUGACAAGUUGGACAAGCAAUCAUUUGAGCAGGUCAAGAAGGAAUUGGUGGAGGAGAAGGGCUUAAGUGUUGAAACAGCAGAAAAGAUUGGUAAAUUUGUGAAGAAAAGAGGACCCCCCUUGGAAAUAUUAUCUGACUUGAAACAAGUGGGCAGCCAGUUUUUGGAGAAUGACGGAUCUGUCCUUGUGCUGAAUGACUUGGAGAUUUUAUUUAGAGCUCUAGAAAAAUCGAAGUGUUUAAACAGAGUGGUUUUUGACUUGAGUCUUGCAAGAGGUCUUGAUUAUUAUACUGGAGUUAUAUUUGAAGCUGUUUUCAGAGGAGGUUCUACACAGGUUGGUUCCAUUGCUGCUGGAGGCCGUUAUGACAAUCUUGUAGGUAUGUUCAGUGGAAAGCAGGUCCCAGCAGUUGGUGUCAGCCUCGGAAUUGAGCGAGUAUUUACAAUAAUGGAGGAGCAGGUUGAAAAGGGCAAAAACCAGGCAAUUCGUGCGACUGAAACACAAGUCUUGGUGGUUCUUGUGGGGAAGGAUCUGUCGCUGGUUGCCGAACUGGUGAGCGAACUGUGGAAUGCCAAACUGAAAGCAGAAUUCGCAGUCACCAAAAGAGUGAUGAAACAGAUCGAUCGUGCCAAGCAAUCUGGCAUCCCUUGGAUGGUGAUUGUGGGCGACUCGGAAUUAGAGAAAGGCAUUGCCAACAUAAAAGAAGUUGCUGUCAACAACGAGGUGGCAGUCCCAAGAGAAAAAGUUGUUGAGGAGCUGCAAAGAAGGUUGGAUGCCUCAUCUCAGUCACUCUCCAACCGCUAUGUUGUCGUCUGAAAAGUAUAGUCCAUUUUGCGAUCUAUAGAUCUCUUGUUUGAGUGUGCAUUACAAAUGGCAUCCUUUUUUCUGUUACAUUGGAGAUCUCCCAUUCUAGUUUCAUAUUAUUUGGAAAUUUGAUGCAUGAUGGUUAAUGAUGAUGAAUAUGAGAAAAUGUAAAAUGUAGCCGAGAAUACCAUUAUCAAUUGAUAGGGAAAAGGGAAAAAAAAAAAGAAAAAGGAAAAAGAUUAAACUGAUGAUGUGUUGAUGAUCUGGAUUAUUGAUCUGAUAGCCCCACUGGAUGGGAGGUGCUCCCUUAAUUUCUCUGGGGAGACAAUCUUCACUCUUUAUUUGCUGGCUUAGUUUGCAAUUUUAUCAACCGUCAUUUUUUAAGGCCA